UGGCAUCUUCACUUUGGAAAGGCAUUUUUGCUGAGCCUUUUCCUGGGCUUCCUGGGUGCUGAUCGCUUCUACCUUGGCUUCUUCUACUCUGCGUUGCCUGGCAUUGACUUGUCGGCAUGGUUGGCUGCACAAUGCUUGCCCCCCAGCGACCAAACCACGGGCAACAUUGUGCCACCCACCCAUCCACCCACCCACACGCACGCACGCACGAUAUGUUUGCACCACUCAUCCGCGAAGAAACAUGCUGAAAGUGCCAUGAGGCACAGGGAUGUAGAAGGACUAUUUGGGAGCAUGCCUUCCUGUUGUUUCAAGCAGGCUUCAAGCAGGCUCUUGCUUUGGAGAAA